UGUAUAAAUACCUCCUUAUCUAAUUCUUCCCAUUUCAGCCUCUGGUUUAAGACUCUUCACCUUCUUCAAACUACAAUUUCUGCAACUGAAAGGAACGACGAACAUGUUGCCAAAAGAAUCUGUGGGUAUGACCUUCGAUCUUCCACAAGAGGUGUUGGAAGUGCUACCUUCCGAUCCAUUUGAACAGCUCGAUUUCGCUCGCAAAAUCACUUCCAUUGCGCUUUUCACUCGAAUCUCCGCCCUUGAAUCGGAGUCAUCCGUCCUCCGCGACGAGCUUAUGGACAGGGAACUCGUUGUCGAAGACCUGCAGACUCAGAUGGACUCUCUCAACUCUUCUCUCUCUGACGUUCUGGACAAACUUUCCCGCGCUGAUCAAGAGAAAGAAAAUCUAUUGAACGAGAAUGCGUCGCUAUCGGAACAAGUUAAAAAGCUCAACCGUGAUGUUGCUAAGUUGCAGAGCUUCAGGAAGACACUCAUGAUGUCCCUUCAAGAUGAAGAAGGAAGUUCAGCAAGGAACACUCCAAUUGUUGCACCAGUCACUUCAAGCAUAUCAUCUCAAUCGUUUGCUGGAGAAGAUGAAGAAACUGAAACUGAGCAACCUUCAAAUGCUUCACCAAUCGAUGAGCCUGUGACAGAUGCAUCGAGUAGGGCCCACAUUUCACCAGGCAUGUUUUUAGCAUCCCAAACAAGCACACCUCGGUUAACACCUCCUGGAUCUCCUCCAAGCCUAUCAACAUCUGGAUCUCCAACAAGAAAGCAGUCUAUUUCUUUUUCAACCACAAGAAGUAUGUCUGAUGAUCAUAGAUCUUCUGUCUUUUCAUCUACAACCUCAACCCCAUACAGCUCCAUGACAGGACGCACUCGAGUGGAUGGGAAAGAAUUUUUCAGACAAGUGAGGGGCAGAUUAUCAUAUGAGCAAUUUGGUGCAUUUUUAGCAAAUGUGAAGGAAUUAAACUCACACAAGCAAACAAAGGAGGAUACUUUAAGGAAGGCAGAUGAUAUUUUUGGCCCGGAAAACAAGGACCUUUAUGCUAUUUUUGAGGGAUUAAUUAGUCGUAACGUCCAUUAAAAGAAGGAUUAUAUUGUUAUUUUGCUGUUUUUAAGUUAUUUAUUGUUUAGUUUUACUCAAUUGUAUUGUAGGUCAUUAAACAUUUAGCUUUUAUUUUAAUUUCACUAUAUUGUUAUUACUUUUAACCUGAUAAAUCAUGUUAAA